CUUCAGAGCUGUUGGGGAUCACUGGGCAGAACUUCGGGGAGCUCAAUGAUUGGAAGACUUGGGGAGUAGAGAAGCCAAGCCAAGUCAAGAACCUCUGUGCAGAAAAACAACCACGCCACUUUCCAUUCUUCUGCCUGAGACAACCACAUCCUCCUCCCGUAUCCCACAGGCUUCCAUGGAGGGCUCAGAUGUGGAGCUGGACCUGCAGAGGAGCGUGCAGGCUGUGCUGCGUGAGCUCAGUGCCCCGGCCACCACGCUACAGAGCAACCAGGGCAUGUGGAGAUGGUCCCUGCACAAGAAGGUGGAUCGCGAUCCUGCUAAAAGCCCAGUGUUGGUGCGCAUUCUGCUCCGAGAGCUGGAGAAGGCAGAAGGUGAGGACCACCAGCACGUCCUCAUCCCCUUGCUGCACACGCUAAUGUACGUGCUCACCAAGGCCACGGGAGUCCCUGAGGAGCUGUACCAGAGAAGCUACACCUUGUGCACCAGGUUGCUGACCCUGCCUGCCCCCUACUGCACAGUCGCCUUGGACUGUGCCAUACAGCUGAAAACAGAGACUGCCGUCCCAGGGACGCUAUACCAAAGGAUGGUCAUUGCUGAACAGAACCUGAGGAGCGAACUGUACCCCUACCAGGAAAGGGUGCUCCUCUUCGUGGACCCGGAGCUGGUGUCUGCCUCAGUGUGCAGCGCGCUGCUGCUGGAGAUCCAGGCGGCGCAGGAGCAGCAGAGCCCUGAGGCCUGCAUGCGCCACGUGGUCGCCCACGCCCUGCAGGCCGCCCUGGGGGAGGCCUGCCAUGUAGGUGCUGUGCACCGGAAGCUGCAGGCCAGCUCCCGCCGCAUCCUGGAGCACUAUUUCCACGCCGUGGUGGCAGCUGUGGAGCAGGUGUCAGCGGGCGAGGCCAGCGAGGGCCAGGCGGCAGGACACCUGCAGAGGCUGGAGGAGAUUUACCACUCGCUGCUAGGGCCUGCGGAGGUCGCCAGGGCGCGCUGCGCAGGAGACCCUCUCCAAGACAGGCCAACAGGCAUGCUGCUGCCCAGCCCAACCAUCACCUUCCACCUGUGGACCGGCCAGGAGCAGCUCUGGAAGGAGCUGGCGCGCUUCCUCCGCCCUCCAUCCCAGCUGCGCCUCAGCGCGGACUUGGAGGCCUUGGAUCUGCAGGGCCUGAGCUCCCUGGACAGGGCGGCGCGGGCGUCCGUGCUGUCCACGGACAGCGGCAUCGAGCGCGACCUGCCUCUGGGGGCUGAUGAGAUCCCGGCUCCCAGCAGCCCUGAGCUGGAGCGGGCUGCGCUGCAGCGCAAGGGAGGCAUCAAGAAGCGCCUGUGGCCCCCCGACGUCUCCUGGUCCGGGGCCUGGGAUGGGGCGCCCGGGCUGCACCGCAGGACCGGCAGGCCCAGCGGGGACGGGGAGCUGCUGCCCGGCGUGGCCCGCGUGCACACGGCCCGGGUGCUGGUGCUGGGAGAUGACCGCAUGCUGGGGCGCCUGGCCCAGGCCUACCACACACUCAGGAAACAGGAGUCACAGAAAUUCUGCCUCACCCCCAGACUCAGCCUCCAGCUCUACUACAUCCCAGUGCUGGCCCCGCAGGAUCUCACAGCAUCCAGGCAGCCAGAGCUGGGAGACCUGGCCACGUUCCUGGGCCGGGCAGACCCCUGGUACCAGAGCACGGUCAACACCCUGUGUCCUGCCAUCCACAAGCUGGCUGAAAUGCCUCCCUGCCUGGAUACAUCCCAAGCAGUUGAUCCCUUCAUCCUGGACGCCAUCACAUACUAUGUUCGCAUGGGUACCCAACCUAUCUAUUUCCAGAUCUACAGGGUCAAGAUCUUCAGUGAUCUGAGCCAAGAACCUACAGAGGACAUUUUCCUCACAGAGCUGAAGAUGAAGAUCCAUGAGCCCAAACCCCCCAAAGAGGGUGCAUCACCCCGGAGGAGAGGGGCAGCAGAGAGCCUGGGCGCUGAGCUCUCCUUGUGCUACCAGAAGGCCCUGCUCAGCCACCGUCACCAAGAGGUGGCCAUCUCCCUUAGGGCCACUGGGCUGGUCCUGAAGGCCAUUCCGGCCAGUGACACUGAAGUGGCUGCGUCUGCAAUGGACCACAUGUGUCUGAAUGUGAGCGUGGCGGAGGUUGUCAAGUCCUGUCACCUAGCGGGAAGGUCCUUCUCGAUGGCGACAAACACCUUCCGGACCUCCAGUAUCCAGGUCCAGAGCCAGGACCAGAGGCCGCUGAUGCUGUGGUUGGAUAAGGACAAUCGGCGCACAUUCAAGGACGUGGUUAGAUUUGAGGUUGAUCCCUGCCCAGAGCCAUGUUCCAGGUCUCAGAGGUCCAAGAUGCCAUGGCCCAAUCCAGAAGAGAAGAAGGCAAUGGAACAGACCGAAACCACGUCCAAGCCUCUUCAAAUGCCCAUCAACACCUACUCUGGCAUUGUCCAGUGAGCCCAAUACCAGUGCUAGAAUUGGGCCCAGGGCAGCAGGCACAACAAGAAACACUAUUCCCAGGCUCUCCAAUGCUGGCACCAACAGCAGAAACAAAGGCCUGACUCCAUUGGAGAGCUCUGGCUUUGACCAGAAGUCUGGGAGGGCCUGGGAGCUCAGGGACCUGGCCAUAGGGAUGUGUGAUGAUGCAGAAUACAGCGCAGACCCAGGGGACCCCUGAGUAGAGCCGAGCUGAGAUGGAAUGGGAGCAUGUGCCCCUUGUGAAGCACCCAUUGUGUGUGUAUUAUUCCUUUUUGUGCUGGUCCUGGGGCUUGAAUUCAGGACCUAGGUACUGUUCCUGAGUAUUUU